UCCGAUGACUUUCGUUUUCAGCUCUCCUACCUACAUCGAUAAUCUUUUCCUAUAAAUUCGAUAUCGUACUAAUUUUAGUAGCUAAACAUCUCACCAACAAAGCAAAAAAAAAUUGUGUGUAAUAAUGGAUAGCCAUUGUCACCUCAGUAUUGCUCACUAUUUGCUUCUUUUGCUUUUGGUCUCUUCCUGCAUGCAGAGUACUACUAAACUCUGUUUCUGUUUGGCUGGUGAUGAAAUUUCAAGCAGUGUGAAGACAAAUUCAUGCAUUGAGGAAGAAAGACAAGCGCUUCUCGUCUUUAAACAACAUCUUGUUGAUCAUUCUGGUAGGCUUUCGUCUUGGGUGGGUCAUGAUUGCUGCCAAUGGGAAGGUAUUUCAUGCAACAACAACACUGGUCAUGUCGUGAAGAUGGACCUCCGGAAUCCAUAUGACUUUUCUGACGAUGAUGAGUAUGAAGAGAGGAGAUAUGAAAAGAGGAGAAAUGCUUCUUUGGGAGGUAAGAUAAAUGCUUCUCUGUUGAGCUUGAAACAUUUAAAUUACCUGGACUUGAGCCAGAAUUCGUUUGAUAGCAUUCAAAUUCCUAAGUUCAUUGGGGAGCUUAAAAGUUUGCAAUAUCUCAAUCUCUCCUAUGUGUCAUUUAGAGGAGACAUUCCCUCUUCUCUUGGUAACCUGUCUAGCCUAAAUUUUCUUGAUCUCGGGUGGAGCGGGAAUGUGUUUGACUUAUCUUCCAAAAAUUUGAAUUGGCUUUCUCACCUCACUUCCCUGAAAUACAUUAAUCUCAAUGGCGUUGAUCUUAACAGCACAGGAGUCAGUUGGGCAUAUGAUAUUAACAUGCUUCCUUCAUUGUUAGAGUUACAUUUAUCUUCGUGCCAAAUUGAAAGCAUUCCACUCUCACUGCAGAGCAUUAACUUCCUUCCACUUUCACUACAGAGGAUUAACUUCACAUCACUGUUGGUCCUUGAUAUGUCGUCUAAUGGCAUUAAAAGUUCUUCAUUUCCCGGUUGGUUUUUUAAUCUUACCAACCUCGUAACACUUGAUCUAUCCGGGAAUGAUUUCAGCAAUUCUUUUCCAAGUGGAUUUUCAAACUUCAAAUCUCUGGAAAACCUUCAUUUAUCUGGUACAGGCUUAAAAGGUCAAAUUCCUAAAGUCAGUGGAAAUUUGUGCAAGCUAAAAGUCUUAAGUCUUUAUGGGAACAUCUUUGAUGGGGGGAUUGAAGAGUUUUGGAGGAGUCUCUCAAAUUGUCCAAGUAAUACAUUAGAGUCAUUAGAUUUGUCUAAUUGCGAGAUUGAAAGCCAAUUGCCGGUCUUUUUAGGAAUGUUUAAAAGUUUGCAAAAUCUCAACCUUGCAGAAAACCAUCUGUGGGGCUCAAUUCCAGAUUCCAUCGGAAACUUGUCGUCUUUGAGAACACUAAACCUCUUUUUUAAUACUUUGUCGGGCUCAAUUCCAGAUUCCAUCGGAAACUUGUCGUCCUUGAAAACACUAAACCUCAGAUAUAAUAAGAUGAACGGCUCAAUUCCAGAAAGUAUUGGACAACUCUGUGAGCUAGUUUCCCUACUUCUGUUUGGUAAUUCAUGGGAAGGCAUUCUAACGGAAGCCCAUUUCAUAAAUCUUACCAGAUUACAAGUUUUUGAAGUAGGAAAUAUAGACCGACCCAUGUCCCUCAGUCUCGACGGGGCUUAUGACAGGGUUCCUCCUUUCAAGCUCCGUAGAAUAUGGAUCAUAAAUUGUCAGAUAAAACUUGGCUUUUGGGUAUGGCUUCAAACUCAAACUAAACUGUCUAAUGUUAUCCUUCAGGGUAAUGGAAUCUCGGAUUCCAUACCAGAGGAAUGGUUGUUGAAGAUAUCUUCCCAACUUAGCGAUCUAGACUUGUCUUCCAACCACUUUCAUGGAAACUUUCCAUCCCAUUUGAAAUUUCCAAAUUCAAUGUCUAUUGAUUUGAGUCAUAAUCAGUUGGAGGGCCCUCUACCACUUUGGUGUUUCCCUAAUGUCGAUUUGCUUUAUCUAGAAGGCAAUUUAUUUUCUGGGCCAAUCCCCUCAAAUAUUGACCAAAUGAUGCCCAAGUUGGAAGAAUUGUUACUUGAUGAGAAUCAUUUGAAUGGCACUAUUCCUCCAUCUAUUUGUAAGAUGCAGAAGUUAAAAAUCCUGUCUCUAAGGAGCAAUCAGUUUUCGGGAGAACUCCCUCAUGCAUGGAAUAUGGAGAGCAUUAUGGUGUUUUUAGAUGUUGGUCAAAACAAUCUGUCUGGUAAGAUUCCCACUUCAUUGGGGGUACUACGUUCCCUGGAAAUUUUAAAGCUCAACGACAACAAUUUUGGCGGUGAAAUUCCUGAUGCCUUGCAAAAUUGUUCAAGUUUGAGGAGUAUUGAUCUUGGAGACAACAAGUUAUCUGGGAAAAUACCUCUAUGGAUAGGAGGGUCAAACGUAUCUAAGUUGUCUAGGCUACGAUUACGGUCCAACUAUUUUAGUGGAUGUAUUUCCCAGCAACUGUGCAAUCUUCAAGGCCUUCACAUCCUCGACCUUAGUAACAACAGCCUUUCAGGUACUAUUCCCAUGUGUUUGGAUAACUUAACUUCGCUAGUCAAUGAUGAUCCUUAUGAAGAAUAUUAUAAUGGGUAUGAGCAAGCCACACUGACACUAAAAGGAGAAGAACUUGUGUACAACACAACUCUGUAUCUUGUAAAGAGCAUUGAUCUUUCAUCAAAUAAUUUAAAAGGUGAAAUCCCUGAAGAAAUAAGCAGCCUCAUUAUGUUGGGCACCUUGAAUUUGUCCAUGAAUCAAUUAAUUGGAAAGAUUCCUUCCAAGGUCGGAAACUUGCGUUGGCUCGAAACUCUUGAUCUCUCACACAACCACCUUUCGGGACAAAUUCCUCAAAGCUUGUCAUCUUUAACCUCUUUGUCCCACCUAGACUUGUCUUACAACAACUUGGUUGGAAGAAUUCCUACUGGAAACCAACUUCAAACGCUCAAUUUUUCGUCCAUUUAUGUGGGCAAUCAAUGGUUAUGUGGAGUUCCUCUCUCAACUAAGUGCCCUGAAGAUGACACUUUUAUUGCUAAGGAUGCAAAGGAGGAGAAUGAAGAUGGAAAGGAUAAGUUGUGGCUCUAUGUCAGCGUGGUAUUUGGCUUUAUCGUAGGCUUUUGGGGCGUUUGCGGCACAUUGAUCUUAAAGACAUCGUGGAGGUAUGCCUAUUUUCAAUUCUUCGAUGACAUCAAAGAUAAGGUAGCACUGGCAAUUGCAUUGAAAAUGGCUCGUUUCAAAAUGUUUUUAUUUUGAAGUUGGAUUGUGCUAAUAUAUAAUGUGAUGUUUUUCUCUUUUUACUUUGUGUUUUGGUAUUUGCAACUUAUGUAUUAAAUAAAAAAAUGUUUCAGUAAGUGUUCCCACAAACAAUUAUGUAACGGUUAUCCAUUUAAUACAAGAAUUCUAUCUAGUUUGUACUUAUGAAUCGCAUAAUACAAUCUACCUAUGUAAUGUUGCAAUUUAACAAAAUAACAUUACGAAGUAGAUAAGUACACUUGUGUAUUCUUCUCUUUUACACAUGAAUGUCAUCCAACUCGGCGAGUGGUAGUCCACCUCUACCGCCUUCUCGAUGCUGCCAAAACCAUACAAAAAUGGGAGGAAGAAUUGGUGGUUCGAUAUCGUCGAGGGUUUUCUGGGAUUCCUGUUCCUUGCAGAGAGAGAGGUGGGAGAAUUCGAUGGCGUCUUCUGGGUUCCUGUCCCUUGCCGAGAGAGAUGGGAGAGGUAUUUGGCGUCUGUUGCAGAGAGAGAUUAGGGGUUUUGCACAGAGGGUGGGUGGGCGAUUCAAUUGAGGAGCUACAAGGAUGGGGGCUCCAUCUCUAUUCUCGCUUGCUGAAACUUUCCGCCCUUCAGCUCCGGCCCCAGGUGCGUGAAGGUGACGUGGACCUGGUUGACGUUGUCUUCAUUCACAGUUCCGGACGACAGUUCUGAACCUCUGGCGAUUCCGACUGAGAAAGAGGUCAAUAACAGCAAGGUUUUUUGGUCACUUGUUUAUGUUUGUGGAUGCCUUGUUGAAAUUAUCUGUGUCCCAUGUGCUUCAUCUUCUGCUGGUGAAACCAGAAAUAUAACCGUUGGAUCAUUUGCUAGCAAUUAGUAGAGGGGGAUGGGGGCUUCAUCUCUAUUCUCGCUUGCUGAAACUUUCCGCUCUUCAGCUCCGGCCUCAGGUGCGUGAAGGCGAAGUGGUCCUGGUCGACUGUCUCUCCCUCCACAGUUCUGGACGAUGGUUCCGAAGCUCUGGCGAUUCCUACUGAGAAAGAGGUCAAUAACAAGAAGUUGAAGAGGAUCCUGCUGAUGCUGAACCUAAAUUUAACCCUUUUACUGGAUCUGGAAGACGCUUGGAUGGGAAGCCUUUGAAAUAUAAGCCAGCACUAGCUUCUUCCUCAGGAUCCAAAGACAAGAAACCUGCAGUCACCAAUGGAAACGCACAACCUUCUACAGGAUCUAGUUCACAAGCUACCAGUUGUCAGGCUCGGGGAAAACUUGUUUUCGGAUCAAAUGCCAGUCGCUCUCCAAAGGAGACAAAAAAAGGAAGCUGCAAAAGAGACUAAGAAAGAGAAACAGCCGGAAGUGAAAGAAGACCCGAAAUUCCAGCCUUUUAUCAACUUUUAGUCAGGAACCGCUUGUUAAGAAAAUGGGUCCAAAUUCAGAGCUGCAUUCUUCUUCCCUCAAAAUAAGAAGAAAACGCUUCCUCAACUCCAUAUUUUGGCACCUCAGGAGCUUGAAGGGCUCUCAGAUCCGAUGAGGAAGGAUGUUUCACAAGUUCGUAAGAAGAUCAAUGUGAUUAACAAAGAGUUAAUGUCACUAGGACAUACCUGCCAGAAGAAGGAAAAGGAAUACAGAGAUGCACUUGAGGCUUUCAAUGAAAAGAACAGAGAAAAAGUGCAGCUUAUCACAAAGCUAAUGGAGAUUGUUUUGUUGUCGUGUAACAUUUGAUGCAGCUGGUGAGCGAAAGUGAGAAGACAAAGAUGAAGAAGCUUGAGGAGCUGAGCAAGAACAUACAAUCAUUAAAGUGAAGAAAUAGCAGCCUAUGUGGGUAACUGAUGAUCUGAUUAGGUUUGUGUGAUGAUUUAUUUAAGGUGAGUUUUUUUUUACGUUUACAUAUGUGGGUGGUGAUUGGCAUUUGGUGUAAUUUCUAAGUUGGUUUGUUUCAUUAAUUUGUGCUUGGUAAAAACAUUUGGCUGAUUUAGGCAGGAAAAUAACCUUUAAAUUUAAACAGGUUUGUAACUAAAAGCAUCUGGCCUUGCAUUUUUCUUCUCAUUUUUCCAUGUAUCCAAACACAUACUACCCUACUUCCUAGUGUAAUGUGGGGUGCUUUGAAUUUAUUCCUAUUCUUUGUUCUAACUUUUUAUGGAUUGCAAAGGCCAUGAUAUUUAUGUAAUAAUGUAAAGUUUUAUGAGUGAUUUUGGGACAAAUGGAGUGUAUUUUGUUCAAUUUUUCUUCAGUACUCGGCUCUAUACGGAAGGAUUGCAUUUUCUACUCCUACCCCCACAACACCAUGAUCUUCUUCUCUCUUUUCAUGGAUUCUUGUGACUGUAACCUCCAUAUGCUGAGAUCUCUCCCGGUCUUCAAGAACACCAUCAACCACGGUCCACUGUGAGAGUAUCAAAAAAACCCACCAUCCCCAUUUUCCAAGUUUUCCCUUUACUCUCUCCAAAUAUUGAAUCUUUCUGCUCUUCUGCUUGUUGGGUUUUGUUUGUUUUUUUCAUUUUUUUUGGGGAAAAAAGGUAAAGAAAAGGGUUUUUUUUUUUCUUUUUGUGUUGGGGGGUGGGGAGUUGAUCAAGAGCUUGCAUGGGUACGGAUUGGAUCAGGGGAAGAGAAAUAAGCUAGAGAGGGAGUUUGUGUUCAGGGAAAUGGGUUGUAUGUGGAGCUGACAGCUGAGCCACUUCUGAGAUUGAUGAAAUUUCCAGCUUCCAAAGUGCUCCAAGGGCAUGUCAAUGGUUACUGGGUUUGCAUUUUAGCAUUUCAUAAGAAUUCACCUUCGGAUUUGACAUGCAUUCACUCUAUUCUUUCAGUCUUCACGUACCCUUUUCAGUCUGAUGAAUUUAUUCUUAUGUUGUCUCGCUGCUUUUGAUGUUUUUCACGGUAUUGUUCUUUUGGUUGGGGGUUGUCGUUAUUUGUGUUUGUGUUUAUGUUUGAGAUGUACCAAUUGCAGUAUUACCCGAUUACGGAUGUCUACAUUUUUUUGGACCUUUUACCAUUUUAAAUUUCGCUCAUUCCCUGACAAUUCCUGACUUAGCCACUGACAGAAGACAAACACGUAUUUUGUUGGGGCUUCACUUGUUUGGUCUUUUCAAAGAAAGAAGAAAGGAUUAUGAGAUGUAUUGGAAUACAGAUACAUGAUAUACUGAUUCUCACAUAUUAUAGUGCGUGGAUUGAUUAUUAAUGUUAUAUUCUAAAGUA